CCAUCAGUAUAAAUAGCGCCGCUUUCUGUUCCUUACCAUUAUCAAGUCUCUGUUCUUAUCGGUGCAUGUUAAAUUUUCAUUUUAAACUAAAGGGCUCAAUCAUGGCAACAAUGCGACUCGUCGCCACCUUGUGCGCAGUCUUAACCGGAGUUGAAUGCCUCAGCUUCUCCAAAACGUUGUUUAAGCUUCCACUUAUCGCUGACGAGAUCAUUCAAAUCUCUGACGUCUUGCUGAACGCCAGUGCAAAUGAAUCAAGGGACAUUACAGUGGCCCUGAAGCAUAGCCUUAACACUCGCAACGUCCUGACGAGUCCACAAGCGCUCUGGCCUAGCGGUAAGGUACCGUUCGAGUUUGAUUCCAACGUGCCCGCGUUCACCAUUGUGGAGCUGCUAGCAGCCAUGCAGGAAAUAGAAAUGAGCACGUACAGCGGCGGGAGGCCUUGCAUCACGUUCGUGCCUUACACCAACGAGAACGACUACUUACAUGUGUCUUGGACCAGCGGCACUCAAGGCUCCACCGGCAUCGGGCGCUCCGGGGGCCGCCAGGAUAUGACGGUCAAUUCCGCGGGAGGGCGUGGCCAUGAUGACAAUCUGGACAUUCUCCUGACUGUCCUCGGUCUUAUUCCGGAAGUGAUGCGUACUGACCGGAAUAAUUACCUAAACAUUGAUAUCGGCAACGCUGUAUCCACGGAACCGUAUCGUAUUCUCACCGGACAAGGAACCAGUAAUUUCGGUCAGACGUUCGACUUUGAGUCGUUAGUUCUCCAGGAUCCCUACCUGUACGCCAAGAACCCAGCCUACCCCGUGGUAACAUCGAAGUUGAGCGGACAUGUGAUGGGACAAAGCGUCUCCUUGAGUCCCGGGGACGCCACCUUAAUCCAAAAUGCCUACCACUGCACCGUGGACAGCUCCAAUGUCAUCAAUUUGCUGGGCAACCUCCCUGUCAAGUGCCACUUCCACACCAACCUGUGUACGCUCACACAGGAUUCUACAGACGACUUUGACUGGGUCGUGGCGUCAGGUCCCACAACCACAGCCGGAACUGGUCCUAACGCCGACUACAGCAGCGGCUCCGGAAAGUUCGCUUUAGCGGAAGCGCGUAACCAUCAUAACAAAGUAGCGCGGCUGUUAACGCAACAACUUCCGGCGGGCGAAUACUGCUUACGUGCGCAAGUCCACGCCUUUGGCGCUGACGUUGGCGGACUCCGAGUGACAGCGAAGCACUCCGGAGGGGGCGCGGACAUACUGAAUCACAGGGGGGCGUUCCCGGUCAACAGUUGGUACCAUAUUUACCUAACCAUCACGUCCAAGUCGGUCUUCCAGGUGCAAUUCGAGGCGACCAUUGGCAGCGGUGACCAGGGUGACAUAGCCAUCGAUGACAUUUACAUGUAUAACGGACAAUGUAUCGAGUGGGAUUAGAACCC